AUGAAAGUCCAACAUGUGCAGUUUAUACGACACUCCGCUCUAACUGAUUUAUGUCGGUCUCGCUCUACUUCAUUUCUUCGGAUUCAAUCAAGAAAUCUACGGUCAUCAUGUCCGCGCACAGCACCUGCAACUUCAACACUGCAGAGCCCGCAGCCCUCAAGGACCAGAAAUAUUGGCAUCAUCGCCCAUAUCGAUGCGGGCAAAACGACUACGACAGAACGCAUGCUUUAUUAUAGCGGUCAUACUCGUCGGAUAGGUGAUGUUGACGAAGGGUCUACUGUCACUGACUUCCUUCCUGCUGAGCGGGCUCGCGGGAUCACCAUCCAGUCUGCGGCCAUCACCUUUGAAUGGCCCCCUCCUCAUGCUGUACCAUCUCCAGCUACUACCGACGAUAUUGAAGCUCAGCCUCGCGCACGUUUCUCGCAUACCAUUAAUCUGAUCGAUACGCCGGGACAUGCUGACUUCACUUUCGAAGUCCGCCGGUCUCUGCGCAUCUUGGAUGGCGCCGUUUGUAUUCUGGACGGCGUCGCCGGUGUCGAAGCCCAGACUGAACAAGUAUGGGCCCAAGCCGGCGAGUGGAACAUCCCACGGAUAGCAUAUAUCAACAAGUUGGAUCGGGAUGGCGCAGCUUUCGGGAGAACAGUCCGCGAAAUUGGCUCCCGCUUGGGCGGUUGGCCAGCAGUCUGUCAAAUUCCCUGGUUCGAGGGCGGAAAAGGCCGUUUCACUGGGGUUGGCGAUGUUAUCAACUUGGAAGGAUUGCUGUACGAGUGUGGAGGAGAUGGUAAAGCGAUAGAACGCUAUCCCCUCUCACGGUUGGAGCAAGAGCAUCCGGAGUUUUCGCGAGAAUUACGAAGAGCUAGGACGGCUCUGGUUGAACUACUAAGUGAACAUGACGAUCAACUGGUCGAAGCCUUUUUCGAGGCUGAAGAAGAUCAUCUUCAAUUGACCCCAGCUCAGAUAUGGUACAGUCUGCGAAGGUGUCUUCUCGCACCGAAUACCAUGGUUAUCCCAGUUUUUGCUGGCGCCAGCUUCCGCAAUAUCGGAGUACAGCCUCUCCUGGACGCCGUCAACAACCUCCUACCAUCCCCGGAAGAGCGUCCGGAUCCCGAGGUUGGUCUUGGGCUGGUUUCUGGGGGGCUUUCGCAACUGAUAAGAGGAGAUCUGUCACUUGAAAAACAUGUUUCAAAGUCCAAGAAGAAAGGUUCUGACUUAGUACCGGCGGCGGUCGGCAAGGCUUUGCAAGGCUGCGCAUUAGCUUUCAAAGUGGUCAAUGAUCCCCGCAAAGGUAUGCUGGUCUACAUUCGAGUCUAUUCCGGAACGAUAGAACGCAAUGCUCUCCUUUUCAACACGAACCUUCAAAAUUCGGAGAGGGCAACAACACUGCUGCGGAUGUAUGCUUCGGAAUCAGUACCUGUCCAGUCACUACAAGCUGGUGAGAUAGGUGUAAUUGCAGGCUCGAAGUUCGCUCGUACCGGUGACACACUCAUCUCCUAUGCGGGAAACAAGGCCACUCCCCCGGAUCCAUUGCAGAAGCUACAACUGCGGCCAAUCAAGGUGCCGCCGCCUGUCUUUUUCGCAGCCAUUGAACCGAAUAGCCUGCGGGAAGAGAAGGAUAUGCACGAAAAGCUGGCGCUGCUGUUGCGAGAAGAUCCCAGCCUCCAGGUUUCGCAGGAUGAAGAUACAGGCCAGACACAAAUCAGUGGUAUGGGCGAGUUACAUCUUGAGAUCGCCCAAGACAGGCUUGUCAACGAUUUGAAGGCCAAAGCCCGCAUGGGCAAGAUUGCAAUUGGUUAUCGUGAAACUCUACCGCAAGCUUCAAGCACAAUCACAAAAGUAUUGGAGGGAGAACGCGCAGCCUCCAAAGGCAAAGCAGGGUGUACUGCCCUCGUGGAACCUCUAGAAGGCGAGCCUGAUGAUCUUGUCAGUGACUUUGAAGACAGCUUCGUUCAUGAAGAGGACGGAAACCUCGUCAUCAUCGAGACGCCAACUCUAGACCAACGAGGAAGAUCGCUUGAGAGUGAUACAGGGGGCUUGCCGCCACACCUCCUGCUUCCAGAAAUCCGAAAUGCAUACCUCAACGGCGCUCUGGCGGCUUUGAGCCGUGGUCCCUCGUGGGGAUACCCAAUGCGCAACACAAAAGUCACCUUGACUCUUCGUCCAGAUGAGCACAUCUUUGGCACGGAAACGACCUACGGAUCUCUGACUGCUGCUGCUCGCCUAGCUACAAUCGGAGCAUUCAAAGAUGCCAUCAAGAGUAGUCCGUGCUCUCUGAUGGAACCUGUGAUGAACGUCGACAUCAAUAUGGAUGAAGCAAGCCUAGGCACUGUCAUCCAGGACAUCUCCUCAGGCAGGGGAGGGCAUAUUGUCUCGCUUGGCGACCAUGAAGAAGAACAAUCGCAAACAGGCUUGGAUUCCAGAAGGAUUGAUGUGCGCAAGAUCUAUGCACCGAAGGAUCCGUUCGAAUCUGGUUCAUCGUUGGCUGGAGAGGACCACCAAAAGGUCAAUUUCCAGAGGACUGUCAAGGCCAAGGUGCCCCUGAAAGAGAUGGUUGGGUACCUCAAACAUCUCCGGAGCAUGACUGGAGGAAGAGGAACGUUUGUGAUGAGCGUUGAUCGAUUUGAGAAAAUCACGGGUCCUCGCGAAAAAGCACUUAUAGCAGAGCUGCAGGGCGGAUUGUGA